AUGCGACACCCUUGCACCGUUGUUGUUGUCGUCACGGUAAUUUUGUUUUCUCCGACGGGAGUGAGAGAAGUUUCGCUUUUCACCUGUACGAUGUGCUGGAUCCCACUGUGGGCGCUGAGAGCGUGGAGCGGAACGAUGGCAAGCUUGCAGGAACUGUCUCGCGUAAAAAGUGGAGGGCCUUUUGUUGUGCAACUAGUGGGAGAUGGUUGUGGUUCUCUCCUCCUUCUAGUUUUUGGUGGUUGUUCUGUCGUUGUGUGUGUGUUUCCUGUGUGGAUGCCGUUUUGCAGUGCGUGCAGUGUGCGAGUUGUGCCUGCCGCGGGAGGUCGCAUCAUUACCGCGCACGCAACGGCGACGCUGCGACGAUGUGUGUGUGUGUGUGUGUGUCUUUUUGCUGCACCUCUUUCUAUUUCCCCUUUGCCUUUCUCUUCUCCGCUCUGUGCGCAGAUCUGCUUACCGACUUCAGCCACUCUAAUACUAAUAAUACUACUACUGCUGCUGCUCGCACGUGUACGCGGAAAACGAUGA